AUGAAAAUAUCUAAAUACUAUAAUAAUAAUAAUAAUAAUAAAAUGAUUAUUGAACAAUUAUUUUAUUGUCUACUUGUCUUAAUCGCUUUCAGUAGUAUCAUCAAUGCUAUACCUGUGCAUGAGCUAGAUUAUGUGAACCAUAAAGCAAAUGAUCACAUGUUUGGAAAACAAUAUGUCGGACGGUAUCCUACAGAUGGUAACUCAAGAUUUGUAGAAUCAGAUUAUUCAAACUUUUAUCCAAUGACAUUCAAGCGUACUCACGUUAAUCCUAUUUUAUUCAAACGUAAUUUCGAUCCAAUUGUAUUUAAACGUUCAUACUUUGAUCCAAUUAUUUAUAAACGAUCAUAUUUUGAUCCAAUUAUUUAUAAACGAUCAUAUUUUGAUCCUAUAUUAUUUAAACGUAAUGAGAAUCGUCAGUUGGAAAAACGUGAAUAUUUUGAUCCGAUAAUUUAUUAA